AUGUUCGAAACGUUAAGUACAGGUAACGGUAAUGGUAAUAAAAUGAAUCUUCGUAUCGAGAUUCUUGAAGGUUUAUUAAAUUCGCUUGGUGAAGGAACGAAUGCAAAAAUUAAUUCGUUAAAGCAUACGAUUAUUAGUAAUAAAACGAAUAUGGCAGAUAAUCCAGCGAAAUCCCUCGAUUUAAUGCGUCGGGUUUUUCAACCAGAAAUUACCCAUGAAUUUCGAGAAAUUCUUGAUCGUCACAUGCGAACAACUUUUUCACCAGCGCUAGAAAAUUUAAAGCGAAAUGGCCAUGUGGUCUCAGAUGAAGAUAUCAAAGAAUUAUGCCGUAAUAUACUGGAAGCAGCUAAAAAACCAUUUAUUUCAGUCGAAAAUAAUGAUCUUGAAAAUGGCGUUGAUGUAGUUUGUUUCGAUUCGGAUUUAGAGAGUGAAACUAGUGCUAUGAGUUCGAUGCAAGUACUUAAUGCGAGUUCCGUAAAUACAUUUUGUCCUCGCAGAAGAGGUCGACCGCGGAAGCCAGUAACUGAUGUCGGACCCUGUGAUAUACCAUGCCUAAAACCUGGCGAAGAAAUGAGUCCACAAGAAAUCGCAAAGUGGAAUCCAGAUCGAAUAAAUGCUUCGACUCGUUUUAUACUUGGAUCAAAAGUUGCGCGAAUAUUGGCAAUUGGUCAGAGAGGAAGUCUUUAUUUGAAAUAUCCUCGUGCAUAUAAAUAUGAAAUCGAUGAAGUGGAUAGAAAUUGGCUUAUCGAAAAUCGCUUUACUACUCGUUUAUCAGGCAAAAUGUUUAUUAUGAUUUUGGAAGAUGUUUAUGAAAUUGCUUCAUUCGAAAAUUAUAGGUGA